CAGGGGGCGGGCUACAUUUGUGAUCGUUCGGGGCCCCGGGGGCUGUUGCCGCUGGAGCACCGAGUUUUCCACAGAGCUAUGUCCGACGGGUUUGAGAGGGCCCCUGGGGUCGGGAGGGGCAGAGGGCGCGGGCGGGGAAUAGAAACGGCGGAGGGAGGGAAAACACCGGGCUUCAGUGGGGCCUCGGGCGCUGGGGAUGAGCCGGGCAGAGCCAAAGCCGCGGGGAGCCAACAGCAGGAGCCGCUACGGCCGCCUCGCACUGGGCCGCCUGGAGGAGGAGGAGAUGCAGGAGCAGCACAGACAAGUCACAAAAGGACUUCACCAGCGGCCCAAUUGCCAGCUCACACUUACACAAUGGCCGUAUCUAAAGCACAGCCUGCAGAUCGUGGGAGACUCCGCUCAAACCUGUCUGCGAAUGCUGCCGAGUUCUACCCCUCAGGAUAUUCUGUAGAAGCCAAUAACUGUGUAGAAGAGAACGGCUGCUAUCCGGUGCUUCCUGAGGGGACACUUACAGAGUAUGUGCAAGACUUUUUAAACCAUUUAACUGAACAGCCUGGAAGUUUUGAGGCGGAAGUCUUCCCUUUCUCCGAUGUACUGAAUAACUGUGUUACUACAGAUGAAUCAUUGCAAGAACUUGUUGAACUUAUUUACCAGCAGGCAAUAUCUGUUCCAAACUUCUCUUAUACGGGAGCGCGACUGUGCAAUUACCUGUCAAAUAAUCUGCACAUUAACCCACAGAACCAGAACUUCAGGCAGUUAUUACUGAAGAGGUGUCAAACAGAAUUUGAAAAAAGGGAUCAGGCAGCAAAGGGUGAUGGAGCCGCCAGAAAGCAAUUUCAUGCCUUUGUACUGUUCCUGGGCGAGCUCUAUCUCAAUCUGGAGAUCAAGGGAGCGAAGGGCCAAGUGACUCGUGCUGAAAUUCUGCAGAGUGGUCUCCAAGAACUACUGAAUUCCCUGUUCUCUAAUCCAGUGGAUGACAACCUGAUGUGUGCAGUAAAACUACUGAAGUUAACUGGGUCAGUUUUAGAAGAUGCAUGGAAAGAAAAAGCUUUGUCCUGUAUGGAAGAAGUGAUGCUGAGGAUGAAGAAUGUGGUAUUGGAUGCAAACUGUAGCAGAGAUGUAAAGCAGAUGCUCCUGAAACUUGUGGAACUCCGUUCAAGUAACUGGGGCAGGGUCCAUGCUGCUUCCACCUUCAAAGAAGCCACGCCAGAAAAUGAUCCCAACUAUUUCAUGAAUGAACCUACAUUUUACACAUCUGAAGGAGUCCCUUUUACUGCAGCAGAUCCCGAUUACCAAGAAAAGUACCAGGAGCUGUUGGACAGGGAAGAUUUCUUCCGAGAUUAUGAUGAAAAUGGGACAGACGGCGGAGAUUCCUACUUUGAAGACGAUGAUGAUAAUGAGAUGGAUCCUGAAAUGGAAGAAGCCUACGAGAAGUUCUGCUUGGAGUCAGAACAUAAGAAGAAACAGUGAAACAUUAGUCACCCUGUUGGGCAGGGACAUCAAUCUCUCUCCGCCAUGUUGUAGUUUUGAACUACACCUCCCUCCCCAGUGGCAGGGGAAAGAAGCUGCACGCUGUGGGCCUCAAUAGCUGAAAGCCCCAUGGGGGGGGCAUCUCCGGUAUGAUGAUUAGUAAACAGGGGGAACAUCUCAUCAAUAAACCUAAUUUUUUUAAGAUUCAGUUUGUGCAAACCAGCUCUCUGGAAAAACUGAUACCCUGUAAGUUAAAAUGAAAGUUUGUGUAUAUAUUAGUUUAUUUUAUGUACAGAUAAAGAGGGGAAAAAAAGUGAGAAAUGUGUUUUUGGCUGCAAUAAAAAUUUCAUUUCAGA